UUCAGCUGCAGACAAGUCGGUUUCCUACUGCGUUUAGUGGUAAUACAAAAACAUAAAAAACAGGACAAUAGCAGACAAAAGGUUCUCUUACAGGAAGGACGAGGGACGCAUAUUUUCUGUCAGGAAUUUGUGGAGGUUUUUUCUGGGAAGUAAAGCUGUGCAUGUCCCAUCCGGAGGGGAAUAAACCCGGAGUGGAGGGACGCACCGACUCUCACUGAGCACCGACAGCCGAAAAGCAGCACCCCACCACCGGCAUGACUGUGACGCGGAGCUCGGUCCUGCUCCUGCAGACCCUGCUGCUCUCUGCCCGCAUACAGGUUUCUUCAGCUUCGGGACACUUUGAGCUCCAGAUUUUGUCGAUGCAGAACGUUAACGGUCAGCUGCAGACCGGCGCCUGCUGCGACGGACCCCGGGACGUGACUGAUCGGCGAUGCUCGGCGGACGAAUGUGACACCUACUUCCGGGUGUGCCUGAAGGAGUACCAGCUGAAGAUCUCCUCGGCCGGGCCCUGCAGCUUCGGCACCGCCUCCACCCCCGUGCUCGGUGGAAAUAACUUUUCUUUACGCAAUGCCAAGAGCAACGCCAGAGCCAGGAUCGUGCUGCCGUUCAGCUUCGCUUGGCCGGUGAGUUAA